AUGGCAGGAAAUCAAAAGAAUAAUAAUAAUAAUGAUAAACAAGGUUAUGAUAGAAGACAAGAACAGAAACAAAAGACUGGUGUAGCUUCAAAGAUUGGUUGGUUCGGUGGUGAUAAGAAACCAACAACAACAACAACAACUACAACAAACAACAACAAUAAUAAUAACAAGAAUAAUAACAAUAGUAAUAAGAGAGAUAAUAAUAAUAAUUUUAAUAAAAAGAAUCAAUAUAAUAAGAAUGAAAAGAUUGUAGUUAAAAAAGAAAAACAAGAAGAAAAAGUUGUUAAGAAGGAAAAUGUUACUCUCGAUAGCACCGUUAAAAUUGAAAAGAUUCCAGAUGUACCUGUCAUUCAACCAAUCAUUAAUACCACUAACGAUGAAUUGAAACAAAUUUAUACAAGAGCGGCUACCCUAUAUACUGAAAGAUGUAAAUCUUAUUUGGAUGAAUUUAGAAAAAGAGCAAAUAGAGAUGAUCAAUGGAGAGAGAAACUUCAACAUACUGGUACAGCAACUGAUAGAACCUCUUCUAUUUCACUUUUGGUUAGACAGGCACCAAUGUUCAGAUUGGCAAGUCUCGACAUUCUCUUGCAAUUGGUUCAAAAGAAAUCACAACGUGAACGUGAGUUAUCAUUGACCACAUUGAAAGAUCUCUUUUUAAGUACAUUGUUACCAAAUAACAAAUUAAAGAGAUUCAUUGAUAGACAACCAUUUGAUAAGGAUGUAAAGGAUGACGAUUUAGUUCAAUGGUUCUUUGAGGAUCUCUUGAAAUCACGUUACACUCUGUUCAUUCAGAUCCUUGAGAAGUUGUCGCGUGACUCUGUUACGCUGGUACGUCAGAAAACCAUUCGUAUUCUUCAUGGUCUGUUGAUGAAGAAACCGGAGCAGGAGGACGUUCUUCUUACGCUGUUGGUUAACAAGCUCGGUGACAACGACCGUAAGAACGCUUCGAUUGUGCCGGAGCUGCUGGAAGAGAUCAUCUACGUUCACCCCGGAAUGAAGCCGGUGGUGAUUCGUGAGGUCGAGCAAUUCCUCUAUCGUUCGAACAUCUCGCAUCUCUCACAGUUCAACGCGAUGCGAUUCUACCUCGCCAUACCACUCGAUGACAUCAAAGACAAAGAGGUCUCCUCCAAGUUGAUCUCUAUCUAUCUGGCGUUCUUCAAUGUUCUGGUGACCAAGCGUCAAGUGAAUUCCACCAUUAUCACACUGAUUCUUCGUGGUAUCCGUAAAGCAAUGGAGGUCUCAAAGAUUCCAAUCUCCAACUUUGAAGAUCAAUUGGAUUCCAUCUUUAUGAUUUCUCAUCACGCUUCACUAAACAAAGCAAUCAUGACACUUGCACUCAUCUAUGAAAUGAAAAAGACAAAUCAAAAUAUUACAGAUAGAUAUUAUAGAGCACUUUAUGAAUUAUUGGCAAGAAAAGAAUUCAUUGGUCAAUUCGAUCAGACUCCAUUGAUCAAUUUGAUUUUUAAAUCGAUCAAGAACGAUACCAAUCUCACUAGAUCCAAAGCAAUGAUUAAGAGAGCACUGCAAUAUGCUAGUAUCCAAAAGACCUCGUUCAUUGUAGGUGUUUUGUUGAUGAUUUCCACUCUCAUUCAACAGGUUCCAAAGCUUGGUGAUAUUAUCUCCACUCCAGAGGCAGAGUUGAACAGUACUGUUAAAGUCAAUAAAUCACAAGAUAAUAACAACAACAACAACACAAAGAAAUCAGAAAAGAAGAAAAAUAAGAAAGAAGAAAAGACAACAACAACUGAAGAAUCUGAAACUACUACCGCCGCUACCACCGAAGAAAAGGAAAACGUUGAAAACAAAAUAGAGUAUGAUGCAAUCAAACGUGAUCCACAGUUUUCUCAUGCAGAUACCACAUGUUUAUGGGAGUUAAUGGUUUUCAAAGAUCAUUUCAAUCCAUCCGUCCAAAUUUUCGCUGAUACUUUGUUGAACAAGCAACCAAUUCAAUUCAAAGGAAAUCCAUCUUUAACCUUUACUUUGCCUGCUUUCUUAGAGAAAUUUGUCGUUUCCAAUCCAUCAAAUAAGAUUAGAUCAACUGGUGAACUUAGAAUUACAGAUGCAAGCAAGAAUGUCAUUAAUCAAUUCCAAGACAGUCUUGAUAAAUAUCUUGAAGAAUACUACAGUGAAACAUCAAAGGUUAAGAUGCCAGGUCAAAAUACACAUAGAUCUGGUUUUGCUGUUGAUGAUGAUGAAUUGGAUCUUGCUUUGGCAGGUGGUAUGAUGCCAGGUGAAAAAGAUGAAAUGGCUCAAUUUGAAGGAAUGCAAGAUGAUGAUGACGAUGAUGAUGAUUUGGAUGGAGAAUAUAGUUAUUCAGAUUUGGAGGAAGAUGAUUUCAAUGAAGAUGAAGAUACUUUUGCAGGUGCUACCAAGAAGAAACAAAAGAAGGCAGGAUCAUCGUUUGAAGAUGAUGAAGAUGCCAUUGACGGAGAAGAUGACGGAGAGGUAGUUGAUGAUGACGAUGAAGAUUUUGGUGAAGAUGGACUCAUACAACCAGACUUUGGUGAGGAAGAUGAAGAUGAAGAAGUAGAUGAUGAAGCUUUGGAUGGUGAGGAUGAUGAACUUGUUCAACCAGAUUUCGGUGAUGAAGACGAUUUAGAUGAGGAAGAUGAUGGUGAACUACCAGAUUUGGGAGAAGACGAUUUGUUGGAUGCCGAUUUCGACGAGAUGGAUGGAAAGAAAAAGAAGAAAUCUUCUUCCUCUUUUAUGGAUGCCGACGAAUUCGAAAAGAUGCUCGAAGAAUUCAAGCCAUCAGAUGUUGGUAAAUGGGAUAAUAGAAAUAGCAAGAAAAAGGGUGCUGCCAACAAACAAGCACCAAAAGGAAAGAAAUCUCAAGAUAAAAAGAGAAAGAGAUAA